AUCCCGUCUCCUUCGGGCUUCAGUUGUACCCAAUUUUCUCUCUCUCCUUUGAAGCAUACCGUGGCGUCCAACAAUGGCGGCUGCCGCUGCUACUCCUAAGCCUUCCUUCUCCGCCGCCGUUUCCGACCGGAAUUCUCUCUCCUCCAAAUCUCCGAAGCUCCUCCCUAGGUUUACUUUCCGUCUUCCUCAAAACUCCGGCGAAACCGCCACUCCUCUUCUUCCUUCCUCCAGCCGCCGCCGCCGCCGCCGUUCUGUCAUCUCCAGUGUUCUGUCAUCGUCCUCUUCCUCCGCCGUUCCUAAGGCUCCUCCAAAGGAGAAAUUCGUCUCCCGAUUUGCGCCUGAUGAGCCGCGAAAGGGAUGUGAUGUCCUCGUAGAAGCUCUGGAGCGGGAGGGCGUUACCGACGUGUUCGCUUAUCCGGGAGGAGCCUCCCUGGAGAUUCAUCAAGCACUCACUCGCUCUAAGAUCAUCCGAAAUGUCCUCCCCCGUCACGAGCAGGGCGGCGUCUUCGCCGCUGAGGGAUACGCGCGCGCUACCGGCUUUCCCGGCGUCUGCAUCGCCACAUCCGGCCCCGGCGCCACCAACCUCGUCAGUGGCCUUGCCGAUGCGCUUCUAGAUAGCUGUCCGAUUGUCGCCAUUACCGGGCAAGUGCCGCGGCGGAUGAUCGGUACUGAUGCCUUCCAGGAAACUCCUAUCGUUGAGGUAACGCGUUCGAUUACAAAGCAUAAUUAUCUGGUUCUAGAUGUAGAGGACAUCCCUCGCAUUGUCCGCGAGGCGUUUUUCCUGGCGAAAUCGGGUCGUCCUGGCCCGGUUUUGAUUGACGUUCCCAAAGAUAUACAGCAACAGCUGGUUGUCCCCGAUUGGGAUCAGCCUAUGAGAUUGCCUGGAUACUUGUCUCGCUUACCCAAACCACCUAGCGAAAUGCUGUUGGAGCAAAUAAUUAGGCUGAUUUCUGAGUCCAAAAAACCAGUUCUGUAUGUUGGGGGUGGGUGUUUGGCUUCAAGUGAGGAGUUGAGGCGUUUCGUAGAGCUUACAGGGAUUCCCGUGGCCAGUACUUUAAUGGGGCUUGGAUCUUAUCCUUGCUCAGAUGAGCUCUCACUUCAAAUGCUGGGAAUGCACGGGACAGUGCACGCUAAUUAUGCUGUUGAUAAGAGUGAUCUUUUGCUUGCGUUUGGAGUUAGGUUUGAUGACCGUGUGACUGGUAAGUUGGAGGCUUUUGCUAGUCGAGCAAAGAUUGUUCACAUUGAUAUUGAUUCUGCGGAGAUUGGGAAGAAUAAGCAGCCCCAUGUAUCUGUUUGUGGGGAUUUAAAGUUGGCUCUGCAGGCAAUGAAUUCAAUGUUGGAGGAGAGGAUGAUAAUGAGUGGUAAUCUUAAGCUGGAUUUCUCGGGUUGGAAACAGGAGGUGUUGGAGCAGAAGGCAAAGUUCCCCUUAAGUUACAAAACUUUUGGGGAUGCCAUUCCUCCUCAGUAUGCCAUUCAGGUUCUUGAUGAGUUGACUAAUGGAAAUGCUAUAAUUAGUACUGGCGUUGGGCAGCACCAGAUGUGGGCUGCCCAGUUCUAUAAGUACCAGAGGCCUCGUCAAUGGCUGACCUCCGGUGGGUUAGGCGCGAUGGGUUUUGGACUACCCGCAGCAAUUGGAGCAGCUGUUGGAAGACCUGAUGCGGUGGUUGUGGAUAUUGAUGGUGAUGGUAGUUUCACGAUGAAUGUGCAGGAGUUGGCUACGAUUCGGGUGGAGAAUCUCCCAGUUAAGGUUAUGGUGUUGAAUAACCAGCACUUGGGUAUGGUAGUUCAGUGGGAGGAUCGGUUCUACAAGGCAAACAGAGCCCAUACAUACCUGGGAAAUCCUGCUAAAGAGAGUGAAAUAUUCCCAGACAUGUUGAAGUUUGCAGAAGCUUGUGAUAUACCCGGUGGUCGUGUGACUAAGAAGAGCGAUCUUAGGGGCGCGAUUCAGAAGAUGCUGGACACCCCGGGUCCAUACUUGUUGGAUGUGAUUGUGCCUCAUCAAGAACAUGUGCUACCCAUGAUUCCCAGUGGGGGUGCAUUCAAGGAUGUGAUCACAGAAGGGGAUGGGAGAUCCACAUAUUGAACAGAGGCAACAACUACAAGAUCAGAGGAGUAAUAAUAUUUUGUUAUAUAAUGUUAUUGUGAUUAUUCCAAUAAUUCUCCAGCUCCAGCAGGUUGUUAAUGUUAUGGCUUUGAUAUUGCAAAUCUCAACUCUCCUUAAACAUUUCAUAAUA